AUGGGACUAGAUGUCCAACGAUCAAUCAAACUGAAGCCAAUUGCCGAGCAGGAUGCAGAUGAGGUCAUAACUGUGGAGACCACAAUUGAGGUGAAAAAAUUUGCCAAAGCACUCCGAGAUAAGUUUCUUCCGAAUUCUGUACAAAAGAUUUCACAAAAAAUCUUACUUGAACAAACACCGAAAAAAGAAUCACAAUGCUCCAGAAGUUUUUAA